GAGGUGGGGGUGGGAUGCAUGCAUAUGCCUGGAGGCAGCUUUGCCUGCACUUGGGGGUCUAGGACACCCAGAACUCAGCAGACCCAAAUCAUGUCUGGCCCCCACACACUGGGUUGGGGUGAGCAAGGAGGCAGACCAGGGGUAAAUUAUUACUGCUCUCAUGCCCACCUUUCAUAGAAGCCCUUGGAGACCAGCUCUUCCAAAACCAAAGUCCACCGUGAUGAUUCCCGAAUCCCAGAAGCUUCUGAGAUGUGAACUGGAGUCACUCAGGUGUCAGCUACAGGCCCAGACCAAGGCUUUCGAGUUCCUAAACCACUCAGUGACCAUGUUAGAGAAGGAGAGCUGCCUGCAGCAAAUCAAGAUCCAACAGCUUGAAGAGGUGCUGGGCCCCACGAGCCGCCAGGCAGACAAGGAGAGACACAAGUGGGACGUGGAGGAGGGACGGCAGGAGCUAUAGGAGGCCCUGGCUAAAGGCCUGCAGGGGCUGCAGAAGACCCUGCAUGAUGAGGAGGUGCAGUGGGCCUGUACCACCCGCUGUCUACAGCUGUUGGCUCAGGAGAUCCGGGACGGUGGCAAGAAGUUCUUGUGGGAGGAGCUGGAGCUGGUACGGGAGGAGGUGACCUUCAUUUAUCAAAAGCUACAGGCGCAGGAAGAGGAGCUCACGGAGAACCUGGUGAACAUCCAGAAGAUGCAAAAGACACAGGUGAAGUGCCGCAAGGUCCUGACAAAAAUGAAGCAGCAUGGGUAUGAGACAUCCAACUGGCCAGAGACUGAGGAGUUGCCACCAGGAGGCAGUGGCUCCUGGAGGGAUGACCUCCAGAAGGAGCUGGGUGACAUAUGGACUCAUCUCCGCCCCUGCCCCCACCAUGGCCUCCCUGCCCCAGCUUUGAGCAGUCCAGUGUCCCCCGGGGCCCCCAGAUCCCCAUCUCCCCACAGGUCCGCUGUGCACCUGCUGCAGAACUCCUUUGGUGGCCUUGCCAUAUACUCAGGGGGCCGCCCCAGGGCUGCGAGCCUUAGGGGCUAUAAGGGGCACCGAUGCCUGAGCCCUCCACUCACCUCCUGGGACUCGGACUCGGACUCAGACCAAGACCCUUCCCAGCCACCACUCAGCAAGAGCUGCUCCUUCCCUCCUGGUGUGGAUCCUCCCCUGCCCCAACCUACCUUUCCCCUCCUGGCCUGCCGUGGAAUCCCAAAGUACAGGCCCUUCCAACUCCCAGCCUGGGCAUCUGCUCCCUGACCUCCAGCCCUGGGGUGCCCUGGACCAGGCCAGCCUCUGACCCACCCUCUUUCUCCACAGCCUGAGCAGCUGGGACUGCUCUCCCUGAAGACCCCUCCAGAGAGAAAAUAAACUAGCUGAGACC